AUGGCGCUCGCUUCCGUGAAUGUGAGCCUCGCCAUCCUCACCUGGCAGUCGGACGCAAAAGCGUCCGCCAAUAAUUGCGCUUUCGACUGGGUCGUCGCUGGCGCGUGCUGGCUCACUCUCCCGUUCGCGCAGGCGAUCGUUGCAGUCGCCCUCACGGCUGUCACGGACUUCAACUCGCGGGAAUCUGCUGCGUUGCCCGUACUUGGGUCCUUGAAGGGAUGCGACAAGCAGCUUCAAUUCCGGCUGCUCGACAGCGGCGGCACAGCUGCCAAGGCGGACCUAUCGCUGGGAGACCUAUCUGGCACAGACGUCGUCAUCGGUCCUGUUCUCGACACAGUCUCUACCACCACGGCGACUUCCACCGGUGCUCGUGGCAUCCCGCAGAUCUCAUACGGGUCAACUUCAGCCGACCUGUCCGAUACCGUCCUCUAUCCUCGCUUCAUGAGGACCAUCCCCUCGGACGUUGCGGCCGCGUCGGGCCUCUGCUCCUUUUGGAAGCGUGAGCUCGGGCUCUCGACCGUGGCCGUGAUACAUGAGCAGACCACGUACGGGCGCGCCUACGAGUCAGCAGCAAAGGCAGCGUGCCAGGAGGGCGGCUUGACAGUUGUCAGCGAAGAGUUUUCCGAAGAUGCAUCGAUCCGCGAUGACUCGAUCCGUUCUGCUGUAGACAGCCUGAGCAGCAGCGGGGCCAAGGCAGUGCUUGUCCUUGCUUUGAACCAAUACAGCAUUCGCCUUAUGGUAGAGCGUGCGGUGAACACUGGUCUGCUCAGAACUGGCACCUCUUGGGUGUUCACUGACAAAGUCGGAGCCGCCACGCUCGAAAUCGACGGCGGCGCGCCACUGAGCGAGGCGGCGCGGAUAGCGCUGAACGGCAGCCUGCAGAUCAAGGCGGUCGGCGCGACCGACGGCAACCCGCAGUGGACCAAGUUCGCAAACGAGCGCUGGGCGACGCUUCAGCCUAGAGACUUCAACCCGUUCCUGCCUGCCGACUGGCAGAUCCGCGACGACUUCUUCAGCACCGUCAAUCCAAAGACGAGUGCACUGCUGCGCGAUGGCAGUGUGUUUGCUUACGAUGCCAUCAUAGCGGCAGGGCUGCUGUCCUGCAAGGUGGCCCCGACGGGCCCGCUGCCGGCGUCGUUUGGCACGCUGUUCUGGGAGUCCAAGCAGAACCUGUCGUUUGACGGCCUUUCCGGGCGCGUGGAGUUCGACGAGAAGGGCGACAGGAGUAACGCGAACGUGCAGCUGUUCAACCUGCUCGACCAAGAUGGCUUUUCCGAGAAGUACGUAGCACAAUUUAGCAACGGCACGUGGACUUGGGACGGCGGAUCACGCGAGAGCAGCGGCGUGAUCUACAACUUUGGGGAGGUCGAACCACCGUUUGACGCGUCGCCCCCGCCGCCGCACCCACCGCCACUGCCGCCGUCGACCCCGCCCCCGCCAUUUGCGCCAUCCUUUCUUGCGGUCGGCGGGGAGGGUCUUCUUUCCCGGAGUGUCGUGUCGGCCAUUUGCGCCGUUGGGGCCUGCGCCCUUCUCCUGCUGUGCUUGUACUUCGCACUUCGCCGCAAACGCCCAGUUGUCGUGGCGCCCAAGGAUGAACUCCAUCGCAUGGAGUCGGAGAUAACGGAGGUGUUCAAUCGCAUGUCGGGGCGCUUCAAUGCCGAGGAGGUGACGUUGACCAACAUCCUCGACUCCUACGACCGCUUCGCCUCGGCGCCGCGCGAGCUCGUCUUCGGCCGGCCAGCGCAAGCUGCGCUAGGCGUCGAGGCGUAUAUGUGCGUGCCAGAGAUCAUCGUUCACCAGGGCCGGAUCGACGGGACCGCGGCCAUCGUGAGCGAGGUGAGCCUAGCUGGGACGGAUGUCGACAAGGAGUGUCUCGCCUACGUCCUGUACGCCGAGGCCGGCUCGAGCGACCUCACCUUUCAGGGCGGCCUCAAGCGCGACUGCGACGAGAACGGCGCCGUGCUGGAGUCGCGCACUGUGUGCGACGGCGCGGCGAGACGCGGCAUGCUCCUUCGCGACUUUGUGGCGCACGAGCACUCGCGGCUCGCCAACCUCGAGCAGGCGCACGUCGUCGCCCUGCGGCUGUACACCACCGCCGCCUUCGAGUCGAUCAACAACCCCCUCCGAGACUGGGCGCGGUACGAGCGAGGGGAGCCCCACCCGCUGCCCGCGACGGUCGCGCUGUUAAGGGACGCCCUGACGAAGCUCCGCUCGGUGGAGGCCGAGGUCAGCCGCGAGAGCGCCAGCUCGCAGCUCCUCCUCUACCGCGGGAUGAAGGACGUGGCCGCGCCUGACAGCUUCAUGGCCGACGGCGGCACGGAGCUCGCCCCCAUGUCGACGACGUCUGACCUGAGCGUUGCGCUGCGCUACUCGGCGAGCCGCACGAUGACCUCUGACCACGUGCUGCUGCGGCUGAUCACCGACUCCUUCUACGACCGAGGCCCGAACGUAUCCUUCUUGUCCGCGUUUCCAAACGAGGCGGAGUACCUGUUCCCGCCGCUGACCUAUCUGCAGCCAACCGGCCGCACCGAGACGGUGGCCGCGUGCGGCAUGUCCUAUCAGGUGGUGGACGUGAAGCCCCGGGUUUAG